AUGGUAUAUACAGCCACUAUUCGUGUCCAAAACGGUGAAAGUUGUAUUGUUGCUGUUAAGAGAUUAGAUCCCGGCUCCAACCAAGGAGCGCCUGAGUUUUGGUCUGAAGUUGAGAUGCUGUCUAAGCUGCGGUACUGUAAUCUUGUUUCAUUGAUUGGUUAUUGCAAUGAUAACGACGAGAUGAUUCUGAUUUAUGAGCUUAUGACCCAUGGAAGCCUUCUUGAUCAUUUACACAAAUAUGGUACUAAUCUAAGUUGGAUACAACGACUCAAAGUAGGCAUAGGUGCCGCACAUGGGUUGCAUUACCUUCAUACGGGGACAGGCACCAAACAUGGUGUCAUACACCGUGAUGUAAAAAGCUCAAAUAUUUUGCUGGAUAAAGAUUUUGUUGCAAAGAUAUCAGAUUUUGGAUUAUCCAAAAUUGGGCUAAUGAACCCAUCAGGCACCUAUGUCAACACGCUCAUUCGUGGUACAUUUGGCUAUUUCGAUCCCGAGUAUUUUUUGACUGGAAGAUUGACAAGGAAGUCAGACGUCUUUGCCUUUGAUAUGGUUUUAUUCGAAUUGUUAUCUGGUAGGGUGGCAUUGAGCACAAGUCUUGAUGACGAUCAAUGCAGUUUGGCAAGAUGGGCUCAUGAUUGUAUCGAAAAAGGGAAGGUAGAUCAAAUCGUCGAUAAAAGAAUUGAGAGGCAGAUAUUUUCCAAGUGUUUGAAGUUGUUUGUGCAGAUUGCGGAUCGUUGUCUACAUAGUGAGUCAAAGAAACGCCCUACUAUGGCAGAGAUUGUGGUCUCUCUUGAGCUUACUCUAUCUUUACAAGUUAAAUUUGAAAACCAUCAAAAUCCUCAAGGCAUAUUGGCAUUUCCCAAAUGGAUGAGAUGUUUCUUUUCCUCACCUGGUGAUUUACACUCUGCUCAAGGUGAUAGAAAGCCCACAACAAACAACCAAGAUGCCAUUGCAUACAGUCCUUGCAUGGAUAUUCUGGAUUGUUUGAACCAUGUUUCAGCUCAAGUCAACCCAAAGCCUCUUGAUGAAGAAGACAUCAUUAAUCAAGCCUCAUUGUCAAAAGAAGAUAGUGGUGGUCAACUUGAAGUAUCUCCUGUUGGGAGAAUACAGAUAUUGGCUCAUGAUUUGAAGAUGUAUUCAUUUAGAGAAGUAAAAAAUGCCACAGGAGACUUUGGGCAUAAUAUGAGAUUGGGUGCAGGAGAAUUUGGGGAGAUUUUUAAGGGUUACCUAAAUAUGAAGACAGAUUUCCCAUCUGUUGCCGAUGCUCCGUUGAAGGUUGCUGUUAAGAGGCUCUAUCAUUUCAAGAUUCAACAUCGCCUAAAGGGGAAGCCCGAAAUGGAUCUUGAUCUCUAA